CUUCACUCUACUCCUUCACCAACAUCUCGCCUGCCACAAUGAGCUUCAGAUUCACCGCGGCGCACUCUAGCCGCAUCAAGAAAUCAACGAAACCUCCGAACCUAAAACGAAACGCCUCAUCUGGAUCCCCAUUCGCAGCUUUACCUCGGCGGAAACCUGUCCAAAGGUCAGCCUCGAAACCAGAACCCACUGGCGAAGACGACGAGGAUCUCUUUGCGGAUCAUUUAGACGAUGUCGGACUUGUUAAGGCGCUAGCGACCGAUUUGACUCUGCGAGAUGUCUCGCAGGCUAUCCUUUAUAUUCGGCGGAAGAUGUAUAGUACUAUACCAGACCAGAGAGGGGGCAUGAAUUCGACGCGAAUAGCAGAGGUUUUGAACUUUCAUUCUUCAUUACCGCCUAUUGUUACGGUUUCCCACGUUCAAGCAUUGUUGAAUUCGCCUACUACGGUUGAGCGCGAGAUCGCAGAGUUGAUCAAGAAAGGAGCCAUAAGGAAAAUUGUGGUUGGUGGUAGGGGGAGUAUGGGAGAGGCGCUGAUAAUGGUCAAAGACCUUGAUGAUAUGGUUCAUAAUAGCAACCUUGAGCAGGCUUUAAAGGAUAGGUUCUUGGAGAUUUUACAUGAACAUCCUACAGCUCUGAAGAUACCUCGGUCAAUGCUUUCUGAACAGGAUGCCAAAGCGGUCAUGCAUGCUGGCUUUUUGACUACUGCCACCCCAAAUUAUACUUCUACUGAUGCCUUUUCCAAGCUAGGAGAUGGCGCCAGAGGUACAUUGACAUCUCUUAACAGUAUAUCUAAAGCCGCUUCCGGCUCCUUAGCAGCCGUUGGUGGAGAGGGAGCCGUGCAUGCAGCGGGAGGAAGUGGGGGAGGGGCGAAGCUUCCUGGUACGGGAGAUUAUUCAAUAGCACUUCCUACAACAGGCCCCUUCCUCAAACUUCUGGCCAACGCUCGAGCACAUCUCGUUACUCUCCUCUCCAAGUCCCGGUCCCGAGAAGCACCCGAGCAACUGCUGCGUCAGCGAUGGGAGGGUAAUGUCGAAUCACUGGACGCAGCCAGCACUGCCAAGAGAAAUAGAGGAGAAUUUGCAGGCGUGCUCCCGGGACGAACGAGGAAGUGGAAACAGUUCUAUGGUAUCAGCUUUGAAUUCAUUCUAGAAGAAUGUGUAGGAGCAGGACUUCUUGAAGUCUUUGAUACCGGAAGUAUUGGGAGAGGGGUCCGUGCAAUAUAACAUCGAUAUAAAAAGAACAGUGGCUGGCAGAACGCGUUUCGAUGAUGCGGGGGUGAGACAAUACCCGAAGGAAGUUUAAGAUGAGACGAUCGACGAUAUGACAAGGGAGCAUGAGCAGGUGGAUGGAAAUGAUGAACAAUGAACGCAGGAAGGUGGUCCCGAAUGAGAAUUCGGAAUGUUGGAUACAAUACCUCAAUAUAACAGCAUGCAUAUAAAU